AUGGGGUCGGGGGCGAGGUCCGGCGGACCGCUAGCCCCGUCCGUCGCGGGCUGCGCGCCUGGGACGCCGCGGCGGCACCGCGCAUGCUCCGUGCGUGGCCGGCGCAGUCCCGCAGUGCGCAGCUCCGCCGCCGCGUCCCGUCUCCGGCAGGGCCGCGCUCCGGCUGCCUCCGCUCGGCCUCCGCAGCUCUCGGCGCCCUCCGCAGCUCUCGGCGCCCUCCGCAGUCCCCGGCCCCGGCCGCCGCUCCAGCGCGCCCGUGUCGGCCCCCUGCCCCGCGAAGAUGGCUGCUGUCCGCCGGGCCCGCAGUUACUGCCGCUGCUUGGUGCGCUUCUCCGACCGAGAACUCUGUUAAGCCCUGCUGCGGGAGACGGGCAGGAGUAG